AUGAAGUUGCAGCUGGGGUCUGAUAUCAGGCGGAAGAGCCUGUGGUUCCGACUGAGGAAGAUCCUUCUCUGUGUUUUGGGGUUGUACAUUGCCAUUCCAUUUCUCAUCAAACUAUGUCCUGGAAUACAGGCCAAACUGAUAUUCUUGAAUUUCGUGAGGGUUCCAUAUUUCAUUGACUUGAAAAAACCACAGGAUCAAGGUUUGAAUCACACCUGUAACUACUACCUCCAGCCAGAGGAAGAUGUGACCAUUGGAGUCUGGCACACCAUCCCUGCUGUCUGGUGGAAGAAUGCCCAAGGGAAGGACCAGAUGUGGUAUGAGGAUGCCUUGGCUUCCAACCACCCCAUCAUUCUGUACCUGCACGGAAAUGCAGGGACCAGAGGAGGUGACCACCGCGUGGAGCUUUACAAGGUGCUGAGUUCCCUUGGUUACCACGUGGUCACCUUUGACUACAGAGGUUGGGGUGACUCAGUAGGAGUGCCGUCAGAGCGGGGAAUGACAUAUGAUGCACUCCAUGUUUUUGACUGGAUCAAAGCAAGAAGUGGUGACAACCCUGUGUAUAUCUGGGGCCAUUCCCUGGGCACUGGAGUGGCUACAAAUCUGGUGCGGCGCCUCUGUGAGCGAGAGACACCGCCAGAUGCUCUUAUAUUGGAGUCUCCAUUCACUAAUAUCCGCGAAGAAGCCAAGAGCCAUCCAUUUUCAGUGAUAUAUCGAUACUUCCCUGGGUUUGACUGGUUCUUCCUCGAUCCUAUUACAAGCAGUGGAAUUAAAUUUGCGAAUGAUGAAAAUGUGAAGCACAUCUCCUGCCCCCUACUCAUCCUGCACGCCGAGGACGACCCGGUGGUGCCCUUUCAGCUCGGCAGAAAGCUCUACAACAUCGCUGCACCAUCUCGAAGCUUCCGAGACUUCAAAGUUCAGUUUAUCCCCUUCCACUCAGACCUCGGAUACAGGCAUAAGUACAUCUAUAAGAGCCCCGAGCUUCCUCGGAUCCUGAGGGAGUUCCUGGGGAAGUCGGAACCUGAGCACCAGCACUGAAUCUGGCCGUGGAAAGGAAGCAUGAAGACCUCUGCCCUGCUCCCCCUCUCCGACAGCAGCCCAGCACCCUGGAGCCCAGCGCCUGGAGGGAGGACUCAAGAUGCCAGCUAGGCAGAUGGUGCACAUCAUGAGGGCUGUGGUGCCUGGUGGCCUGGCAUGGCUUUGUGUGGAGUGUGGCGGUGGGCCCCUGGCCGUCUCCCCUUCUUGCUGCCACUCAGCCUGAGCUGUGUUGGAAAGGCUUGGGGACAGCAGCCGGCUGUCACCUAGUGGAUCCUAUGCCUCCUGAGCUGGGCACAGGAGCUUGCAGGGUGCACGGGUUCAGGCCCAUCUGCGGAGGACAUGGGGGAGCAAGUACCUUCUGCCCCAUCCUGGCAUACACUGAGCGGACUCAAGUGGUUCAGUCAUCCCCUCCUGCCCUGCAUACCCGCUUGUUUUCCUCGGCCACCCCUGCUCCCCUGGGCUGGCCCACUUACCACUGCGGAGGUGCCUGGAUCUGCACUUCACCCACCUGUCCAUCUAACCUGGCCUUAGACUGAGCAUUUAUUUAAGAAUAAAGUCGUCGAGGUGGUGGUC